AUGGCGGCCGGGGAUGCCGACGCAGAGGAGAGGCUGGAGAGGGAGAUCCAGCGCAUCGCAGAGGACAGCCGGAGGAGACGGCGAGAGAUCGAGGAACGGCUGAUGAGAGAGGCCGAGGAAGAACAGCGACGACUGCAGCAGGAGCAGGAGGCUCAGGACCGGAGCAGCCAACGCGUGGACCGUUCCAAGGAAGGAGGAACAAGCGUCCCGGAGCUCGAGAGGGCUGUCAAGGUGCGAUGGGUCCGCGAAGGACGCGGGUUGGAACUCGACAAGGACAGCUUGAUCCCGCUUUUCUCGCCAUUUGGCAAAAUCGAAAACACAUUCAUGCUCAAAGACAAGCGCCUGCGCAUUGGCGACAAGCGGGAGAAGAAGAUUGUUGCCACUGGAGUCGUAGUUUUCACAUCGAUCCGAGAAGAAGAAGAAAGCCGGCGAGGGCGACUGGCCGUUAUCGAGUCGGUCUUUUGGGCCUCGGGCAACGAGCCCGAUCUGGGAAUGCACGAUUCACCCUCACCUGCGCCAUCACCGCAUGCCACCGCAGACACCGCAGACUCGAAGCCAUCAACUCCCAGUACGAAUGGCAAGCCGUCGUUCGAUUUCUCCAGUCUCAAGGACCGUGGCACUCCUUUGAAGAAUGCCGGACGUGCGCCUCCUUCUUUCUCCUCGUUUUCUCCUGCUGCCGCCGCAAACAGGGGCCCGUCUUCAUCCACUUCUGGACGAAAAGCCUGCCUUGGCAACUCCAAGUCUGGAGGAGGUGACUCUGAUGCGUUUGAAAAGCGCCCAACGCGAGAAGGAGCGCAGGGCUUUGGAGGAACAACUCCGGAAGGAGGACGAGGCUGCAGACGCUGCAGCUGCAGCUAA